AUGCAGGAACAAUUUGAGCCAAUGAAGAAUGAUUUAUUGUUGAGGGCUGCUCGCGGCGAGAAGGUUGAGCGCCCUCCAAUCUGGGUGAUGCGACAGGCCGGCCGCUAUCUCCCUGAGUAUCACGAAGCCAAGGGUGGCCGUGAUUUCUUCGAAUGCUGCCGCUCGCCUGAAAUCGCAUCGACCUUGACGCUCCAGCCCAUUGACCGAUAUGAUGGCCUCGUCGAUGCGGCCAUCAUCUUCUCCGAUAUUCUGGUUAUCCCCCAGGCUAUGGGUAUGACGGUGGAAAUGAUAGAUAAGAAGGGCCCUCACUUCCCCGAGCCCCUUCAAUCGCCGGACGAUGGACAGUACGAGCAGGUUAUGGCAAAGAAGGUCGACGUCAAGGCGGAGCUGGACUACGUCUACAAGGCAAUUUCGCUUACGCGCUUCAAGCUCAAGGGCCGUGUUCCGCUUAUUGGCUUCUGCGGUGCGCCGUGGACCCUGCUGUGCUACAUGGUCGAGGGCGGUGGCAGCAAGCUCUUCGUCCAGUCCAAGAAGUGGGUCUACAAGUACCCGAAGGAGUCCCAAGCACUGCUGCAGAAGAUCGCCGAGAUCUGUGUGGAGUACCUGGCGCUCCAGGUUGCGGCUGGUGCGCAGAUGAUCCAAGUUUUUGACUCGUGGGCUGGUGAACUUUCGCCUGCUACUUUCGCCUCACACUCGCUUCCUUACCUGCGUCACAUCUCCGCCAAUCUCCCCAAGCGUCUGCAGGAGAUGGGCCUGGAGCCUGUCCCUAUGACUGUCUUUGCCAAGGGCGCCUGGUACGCCCUGGAUGACCUUUGUAACUCUGGCUAUAAUGUUGUGGGUCUGGAUUGGCUGCACGAUCCUGCUGAGGCCAUGCGCAUUGCCAACGGCCGGGUCACCAUUCAGGGUAAUGCUGACCCCGGUAUGCUCUACGGCGGACCCUCUGCCAUCACUCCUACUGUGGAGAAAAUGGUCGAAGGAUUCAAGAAGGGCAAGCAGGGUUGGAUCUGCAACCUCGGACACGGUGUCACUCCUUUCGUGGACCCCGAGAAUCUCAAGUUCUUCUUUGAGGAGAUCCACCGUCUCUGCAAAUAA